AUGAACAUAGAGGCUUCGGUACACUCGACCCUCGCCACCAGCUCUUCGCAGGUGCGCAGCUGGCAGCUAUUUCUCACGCAGACACAGAAGCUCGAGCGCGUUGUCCCCGACGCCGCUCAAAGGCUAUGCAACGAGUUCCUAACACACCGCCGAUGUAGCCAGUUCAAUUUCCCCACUGAAUACAGCAACUACCGACGUGACGUCACCGUGAGCACUGCUUCGGAGGAACCCCGUCUUUUUCUGUCAGCCCGGUUCACCGAUGUUAGCGACAGGUGA